UAAGGAAUAGAAUAAAAUAUGAGUAGUAAGGUGAAGAAAGAGAAGAAGAGGAAUAAAAGUCUUGAAAAUUUAAAGAUAAUAGUUGAUCAUGCACAUUUGUCCAAAUUGAGGCCGUUGACAAUUUAUUGAAUAGGGAAGGGCAAUUUCUCGCAAGUCUAUCAAUUUGAUAUAAUAAUUCCAAAGAGAAUCAGGGCAGAGGAGGUUAGCAAUCAGAUUGAUGAUGUCGCAGAGCAGCAUGAACAAAAGUUCCUUCAACAACAGAUUCAGGAAGAUAUUCCUAAGAUGAGGAAAAGGAUUGAGAUGUUCAAUCAAAACUUAUCAGAGGAUGAAUUGGUUGACAAACAAAUGGAAAAUAUUUUAUCCCAUCCGUUGGUGUACAAAGAUCUUCCAAGUUUAGUAGUCGAUCUUAGGUUCAAAAGUUUUCUAAAUCUAGAAUUAAGGAAUGUGUUCAACCAGAGUGGAGAUAUUGUAAACUCCUUUGCAGAUGUGAAGUACAACGACAAAUGCAUUUUUCUGACAGAUGAUAAGACUUUAUUAAAAAGAAAGAAAGAAUUAUUCAUAUUUACAUCUUGUUUCCACACAAAAAUGUACCUGAAAGAGAUCAUUCCCAUCGAUCUACUCGAUAACUUUAGAGAUGAUGGAACCCAAAUUCUGGAGAUCGAGGAUAUUCCAACAGAAGAUUGCGAACUUGACGAAGGCAAGUAUGAUGGAUAUUAUCAAAGCAUUGAUCCCUUCAAGAUGAUGAAUGAAAAGUUAGCAUUAAUUAGGAUAUUGAAAAAGCCACAAAGACUUCUUCUCGAACGUCUAGUUUCGGUUCCAAACAUUACAAAGCUCCCUCAGAUUGGAGCUAAUAUCAAGUUUUUGUCUAGUAAGAUUGAGAAGUGAAGAGAAAAUAAUGUAAACACUCAGAAAUCUUUGCAAAAUUCAAAGCUUCAUCAAAGUAUUUAUGAGAAGAUAGAAAAUCAUCCAACUUUAAAGACAUUCGAUAUGCUCAAGAAAAGUAAGAAUAACAAAAAUUUGAAAGGCCAUAAGACAACAAGAAUCUCAAAGAAGUCAUCUAUUCUUAAAUGAGGCAAAGAGAUCAUUCCCAAAAUGACCGAGGAUUACAAGCUUCCAAGGAACAUGUCAACCGUUAUUCUCAAAGAAGAUGGCUCUGACGGUCUGAUAGAUACUCGAUAUAAAAAGAAAUGGCUAAGCGAGCUAGAACAGAAAGAAAUACAGAGCAAGCAUAAUUUCCCGAAUAUUCUCAAAAAUACUGUCAUUGUGGAUUCUCUAAAGGCAGCUAAUAAGUAUCACCAGGAUAAGAUAGAAAAAGACUAUGUAGCCAAGAGAGAACAUGUAGAUUCAAGAGAGAGAAAGCUUACUGCUUUACGAAUUCAUAAAUAAGGUAAAAGCUUCAGACCUGAAGAAGAGCAUGAGAUACCUUGACAAGCUCGAAGACAGACUUAAUAACUCUUCUCGUGAGUUUGAAGUUACUACUCGAAUGAACUUGAAACAGAAGGAGAUUAAUAAGAUGAUGAAGCAAUUUAAGAAAAAGUACUCUAAGAUGAAAAUUUCUGAAAAACAAAGCGCAGGAAUUGCAAUUUCCUCAACUGUAGAUAAUUCUUCCAAGAAUACUUCACGAAUCACCCCUGCAACAAUGCAGCAGAUAGUCAUAAGUAUAAACAACUCAAGCAUGAAGAAGAAGCCUAAGAAGAAAAAGACUAAAAAGCCUUAUCAAGCCGAUUCCUUUAAAUAUGCUCAAUCAAUGUUAGAUCUUUCUGAUAAUAUCAUCAAUGUUGCUGGCUCUACUAGCUCCAAAAUAAAAUGCGGAGAAAAUAAAUCUGAACUGACUGAAGACCAAGUCUACGAUAGUACAAAAGUCAUGGUUGAAAUCCUCAAGCCAAACUUGACAAAGCAGACAAACACUUAGCUGUUAUAACUCGACUUAACUUUCAAUUAAAA